AUGGGGUUGUUCGCAUAUGCAAAACAUUUCUCAAGGGCUUUAACUAAAAUGAGAGCACCUGCGCCAAACAUGCAAUUCUCAAACCUCAGCUAUAGACUGCAAAGCACAGUCAAUCCAUCCACAUUUCUAAUAAAAAGCCCAGAAUUUCAAACUAUGGUUGCUACAUUAGGAAAACUUGAUGCUAUUUCUAUAAGUGACGAUGACGAAGAAGUCGGCAAGAGGCGAGUGAAUGAGAUAGAAGAGAGAAUAAUCUCAUAA